AUGUAUAUGAGCGCAGGCGGCGGGAUCUCGCUCCCUUUUACCGCCGUCGGAGCGGAGUCUCUUUCUUCCCCGGGACCGCUUCACUGCGCAGCGCCGUCUCACCAGUCCAGCCUCCGGCCACAAAACGAAGCAUCACUUGAGACUCAGCUAAGAUGGCAGACAUUGACAACAAAGACCAGGCUGAGAUGGACCCGGCAGAUAUGGAGGAUGUGGAGGAAGUAGAAGAGGAGGAAACGGGAGAAGAUGAAAACAGCAAAGCUCGUCAGCUGACUGUGCAGAUGAUGCAGAAUCCACAGAUCCUGGCUGCACUGCAGGAGAGGCUGGAUGGUCUGAACGGCUCUCCAUCAGGAUACAUAGAGAGUUUACCAAAGGUUGUAAAGAGACGUGUGAAUGCUCUGAAGAACCUGCAGGUCAAGUGUGCCCACAUCGAAGCCAAGUUCUAUGAAGAAGUCCAUGAACUGGAGAGAAAGUAUGCAGCCCUCUACCAGCCCCUCUUCGACAAAAGAAGUGACAUAGUGAAAGCAGCCUAUGAGCCCACAGAUGAGGAAUGUGAAUGGAAGGCAGAUGAGGAGGAAGAGCUGACAGUAAGUAAGCAGGAGGAGAUGAAGGAGAAGGCCAAAUUGGAGGAGGAGAAGAAGGACGAGGAGAAGGAAGACCCCAAAGGAAUCCCCGAGUUCUGGUUAACAGUUUUCAAAAAUGUGGACCUGCUCAGUGACAUGCUGCAGGAACACGAUGAACCCAUCCUUAAACAUUUACAAGAUAUCAAAGUGAAAUUUUCAGAUCCAGGACAGCCCAUGAGUUUUACGUUAGAGUUCCACUUCGAGCCCAACGACUUCUUCACGAACACAGUGUUGACAAAAACCUACAAGAUGAGGUCAGAGCCUGAUGAGAACGACCCCUUCUCCUUCGAUGGACCAGAGAUCAUCUGCUGCACAGGUUGCACGAUUGAUUGGACAAAGGGCAAGAACGUCACGUUGAAAACAAUCAAGAAGAAACAGAAGCACAAGGGCCGUGGCACAGUCAGGACAGUUACCAAAACAGUCCCCAAUGACUCCUUCUUUAAUUUCUUCACCCCGCCAGAGGUCCCAGAAAACGGAGAGUUGGAUGAGGACUCGGAGGCGGUCUUGGCUGCAGACUUCGAAAUCGGCCACUUCAUCCGUGAGCGCAUCGUACCUCGGGCCGUCCUCUACUUCACAGGAGAGGCCAUAGAGGACGACGAUGACGAUUACGAUGAGGAGGGAGAGGAAGCUGAUGACGAGGAAGGUGAGGAGGAGGCUGAUGAGGAGAAUGACCCCGACUACGAUCCCAAGGUUUAAGUGGUGACUGUAGAAAAAUAACCCUAUCCUGAAGGAUGCAGCCCCCCCAGCUGAGUGCAAGCAGCAGUGAAGCCUGGCCUGGCUGCCUUGAGGAUCAACUGCACUGUAACGGCUUCUCAAACUAAAAUAAAGAGGAAAAAAAUGGAUAAAAAAAAUAGUUACUUACCGCCUUAUAAUGUUUUGUAUUUUUCUUGGUAGAGAAUUUGAAGAAAAAAAGGUUUCAAGAUUUUUGUUACAAAAAACUCAUGGUAAUAUACUGGGAGCUGUGUGGCUCAAUAUACAUAGUAUUUUACUAGACCUGUUUUUUCCUUCUCUUCUCCUUCUCUGUACAAUAGAUAGAAUACAGGAAACAAACCCUCAAAAGCAUGAACUUGUUUCUUCACUGCUAAACUAGUUUGGGUUCUUGUGAAGUCUUUUGUUGUAUUUGCUCUUAGACAACAGCUGUAGUUUAGACUGCAUCGCGACAAAGUCAAUUUAUAAUCCCUGACCCUACCCCUCACCGCCACCCCGUCCUCUUCCACCUCUUCCUCGUACCAAAGUUUCCAGUUGGCCAGUUCUGGUUGUCUGAGGUGAAUAUUUGUAUUUUUAGCGGGGCCUUUAGCACUUGUGAAGCACUGUAGCAUUUCCAGCUCUAAUAAGGGAGGACUGAUGUUUGACCUGCAGCCAGGCAUCCAUUCCAGUUUAUCUAAUCUAGCUGAGCGUGGGAUCCGGAGUUGGUGUUUUUGGCCACUUCCCGUGCCACUUGUUCUCAACUACUUUCCACUCUCGAUACAUUCCAGUAAGCAGACUGGCUGGCACCAUCACUGUACCAUUCUCUGUAACUGGACGGACUUGUUUAAACCUAAUGGAGUUCAUUCCACUGAUUUGAAGAAUUUUUUUUUUUUUUUGUCCGUUUCGCUCCCCAACACUUGAUCUGUCCUGGUUGAGACACUGUAAAGGUUCAGAGAAUUCUUGUAAAUGAGGGUGAGACGGUUUUGGCCAGUUUGGGACCACUUACUUGCAGCCCCAUGCCAGUCCUUCAGGCUCCUGUAGUCUGCAGUGGCGUCAUCUUUUCUAUAGCACUUUGUACUAGUGUGUGGUGUACCAGUGGCAUCCUGUCAUCGGUUAGCUUUCUGAGUAUCCCUUGUGAGCAGCACUUUAACGCCUCCCCACACUCACCUGUAAAGGCAUGGCUUGGAUGGUGCUGUAUCCCUGCUCUGUGGAGAUUUCAACUUGUGCUGUGUGGUUUUUAAGUGCAUUACCUUUCUUACCAUGGGAAGCACAAUUGGCCUGUUGAGAGAGGCUUUGUAGGAACAGGGUUGGGUAGAUGUAGCACAGCAGAUGGCGAGGAACAACUCAAAUCCAAACCAGGUUUUGUAGUGUCUGUUAGCACUUUGCUUAGGUUCACAGAGACCGCCAAAAUCCCCUUUUUCUCAUCGGUUUGACUUUUACCUCUCGCGUCACCAAUUUGUUACUGGUCAGGUGACUGGCAUGUACCUCAGCCCAGCCCCCUGAGGACUCGGUUCAUAUUUAAUCACUGUGAAAGAAAGAGGGGAAGCGUGAUAAGGCCAUUGUUUGGCCAGUGACCCACCACCCUCCCCACCCUUGCCUCAUUCCUUUGUACCCAGAAGGCCACAGAAAAGCAUGUCAGAGCAAUACUUAAAACCCAGGAGGGGGACCAAGAAGAAAUCGUAGCCUGCCCUCCCUCCCUCCCAGUCCAUUCUUAAUGCCUUUUUAGUUGGUUGUUGGGCAGCACCGUGCCCACUGUGGAGCGCCAGGGUACCUCUCAUUCUGCAGGGAGUAUUCAGAUGAUGUUCAUUGGGAAAAAAGGACGUGACAGGGUUUCUGUAGGGUCCUUCGGAGCAGCUGUUGUCAAGGCAAAAUGCUAUGCUACAAAAUACUAAUGUACUCAAUAACUGUGUGUAUGUUCAUGAAUAAAUUGGUUAAUCAUGUCUAA